CUCCAACAAAAACAUCUUAAAAACCACCUUUCGGUUUUGGUCGUUUGGAAAAACCACGUAAAACGGCAUAAACUUGGCUAGCCGUGGUUUUUACCCAAAUGACGUGGUUUUUAAAAUGUCUCACUUGAUUUCUUAUCCAAAUACAUCAAAUAAGUGUUUUAAACACUUGGUUUUUAUUUUGGAGAACUUUGGAUUUUUCGGUCGGUUUUUGCAUCGGUUGGCUAGGCCGUGGUUAAGGCGAAAACCAUAGGUUUUUGGCUAACCACCCACCCAGCGAUGGGAAGAACUUCCCAUCGAUGGGCAAGCGGUCCCUUAGCCAAACCAACUUCCAGAACCAUGCCAAACAGCGAUGGGAAGUUCUACCCAUCGCUGUUUAAGCCUUGGUCCAACAUUUUCACAAGGCAAAAUGCCCUUACCCAGCGAUGGGAACCUUUACCCAUCGAUGGGAACCCAGCGAUGGGAGGGCAUUCCCAUGGCUGAUUAGGCAUGACCGUUGGAAGUCAUUUAAGGUUGAUUCUUUCCUUGUUUGGAAGUCAACCUCCCACCCAGCGAUGUGAAGCUUGUACCCAUCGAUGGGUAGGUGACCGUUGGCUUCAAAACUGAAGGAAAAUUGGCUUACCAGCGAUGGGUGAGUCCAAACAUCGAUGGGAAGCCAAUAUCCUGCAGAUCCCAAAUUUAUUCAAUCCCAUAAAUCAAGCCAAUCACCCCUUUAAUAUAUUGGUCCGUUGGAGCCUAUUUUGGCACUAUAAAAAGGGGUGUUUGGGUCUGCUUUUAUUAUCAAUUCACUUCACAAUAUUCAUAUUAUCAUUGCAUCCAAACCACAUUAUUUUCCAUAGCUUUCUAGAGCCAACUUGUGUGAAGUUUGAGUUGUUCUUGAGCGUAUAUAUUUUACUCAAUAUCCACUCUUAAGGAGAGUCUUGUUCUUGAGUGUCUUAGUGUUGUACACACGUUAAGGGAAGCUUGUUUCCCUUGGUUGUACGAAUGAAAGGUAUUUUCCUUCGGGUUGAAGUCUUGGAGUGCGGUAUCUCUAAGCAAGUAUUGUUGAGGCUCGUGGGACUCGAGUUCUCAGGUUGUAACAGUUUGUUAAGCACCCGUAAGCUUAACGGAAGUAGUGUAGCUCGAGAGAGUCUCUCGGGAGGCUGGAUUAGCCACAAGUUGUGGUGAACCAGGGUAAAUUCGGUGUGCCUCUUACUCUUCUCUUUUCUUCUCCUUUAAAUUUUUUAAUUCCUGCGACUUCUACGAUCAAACGCUAUUCACCCCCUGCCCUCUAGCGUUGAUCAUUUAUUCUAACAAUUGGUAUCAGAGCCUAACUCGCGUCCAAACUUAACCGUUUGAGAGUAAAAGCGAUCAUGGGUUCUUUUUCUAGAAAUUUGUAUGCAGGAAUAGGUGAAGGGCAAUCAACCACACGGCCACUUCUUUUUUAUGGAACCAAUUAUACAUAUUGGAAAGAACGAAUGAGAAUCUAUAUUCGUUCCACGAACUUCCAAUUAUGGUUGGUUAUCAAAAACGGGGAAGAGGUGCCGAUGAAGAAAGUUGAGGACAAAUUGAUCCCCAAGACCGAAGAUGAAUUUGAUGCGGAGGACAUCAAAAAGGUCGAGAAUUAUGCAAAGGCAAUAAACAUGCUUUAUUGUGCCGUAAAUCCUGAUGACUACCGCAAAAUCUCUUGCUGCUCAACCGCCAAGGAGAUGUGGGAUAAACUUGAGGUGACGUACGAAGGAACGGACCAAGUACGUGAAGCCAAGAUCGACUUCCUCACCCAAGAGUAUGAGAUGUUUAGAAUGAAGGAGCACGAAAACAUCGACGACAUGUUCGACCGAUUCUCCAAGAUAGUCAACGAUCUUCAUGCUUUGAAGAAGACCUACACCGACAGGGAUCUUGUGUGAAAGAUCCUACGGAGCUUGACAUCCGAAUGGCGAUCUAAGGCCGAUGUCAUCUAUGAGUCAAUCGGCACAUCAAAUGUCACCAUCGACGGUUUAAAAGGUAACUUAAAAACUUAUGAAUCUACUAUACUUAACCCGUCUUUGAAUGACCAGAGAAAAGGCAUAGCAUUAAAAGCCUCCAAAGAACCGACAAUGAAUGACUCAAGCGAUGAUGAUGAAGUCAAGCUUGUCAUGAAGAAGUUUUGCAAACUUCUAAGAAAGAAAGAAAAGAUUGAGGAUGCCCCUGUGUGCUAUGGAUGUGGUGAAGCCGGGCACAUCAAGAACAAAUGCCCGAGAAACGGAAGGAACACUCGCCACUUCAAAAAGCAAAGAGCAUACAUCUCUUGGGGUGGCGACUCCGGCGACGAGUCAACCGACCAAGACGAGGAUGAAACUGCCAACCUCUGUCUCAUGGCACACGAAGACCAAACCGAUAAUGAACAAGAGGUAUGUACCAUUUCUUCCGACUCUUACACUUUUGAAGAAAUGCAAGAAGCGCUUCAUGAACUUUAUGAUGAAUUUGUUAGCGCUUCUAAAAUUAACAAAUAAUUAAAGAAACGUCUUUUAACUCUUGAAAAUGAUGUUGAAAAACUAGAAAAAGAUAAUGAAAAGCUAAAACAAGAAAAUAAAUUUUAUGGCAAAAGAAGCGCUGACAAACCGGAAAGCUCUUCAAGUGAAUGUGAAUCUUGUAAAGCUUUAAAAGAAAAGGUUGCAAAACUUGAGAGUACGGUUAAGAAAUUCAAUACCCCACACAAAGAUCUUAACUUACUCCUUGACACCAUGCAUUUUUCUAAGGAAGGACUAGGUUUUGAUAAAAACGAAUCUAAGGAAAGAAACGCUGAGCAAACACCUAGACAACCUCCUAAGGCUCAACGUAAGAAAUUUAAAAAUCAAGAUAAUAGAAAAUCUAGUCAACUUAAGGACACUAGACAACCUAGACAAAGACCUAGGAAUGAAAAUGUGCAUGUUAGACAAUCUAAGAAAAAUUAUCAAAAUGAAUUUGUGCAUAAAAAUAAUUUUUCAAAUAGACAAAAUAAUGCUAGGACACCUAGAAGGGAGAAUUUUCAAAAACCAAUGCUUUCGCAAAAUAGGAUGAAUAUGGUUAGACCCCCUAGCUAUUAUCAACCUAGGCAUAUGUUCAACCCAAACGUAGUAUGCCAUUAUUGCAAUAGGGUAGGACAUAUAGCUCCCGUGUGUUUCACCAUACAUAGGCACUUCACCUACAAUGAAACACACAACGAAUUUGGUGCUAAUAAAAAGAAAUCCUUUGGAAAAGGAUAUUCGAAUCAUAAACAAUCUCCACAGGACAAUGCACAAAAGAAACCUUAUUAUUUCUUCUACUUUGACGAAAAGAAGAAUGUCAACAUUCCGUUACCGGAACCGACACAAAUCACACCAAGAUAUCGGCACUCCGUUCAGGUAGAUUGGAACCCGUCGACCACGAGACGAUGGGUUGGGCAAGGUAACUCCUAAACAAUCAUCUAAUCGCGUGAGUGUGUGUGUGUGGGCGUAUUGAAACUAAUUUUGGGUGUGUGUGUGGGCAAUAAAGGUUAACUAACCCCUAAGGACCCAUAGACAUAUUCUGGGUACCAAAGCGUUGCUUUUUUGCAGGGACGGUUCGGAGUGAAGAAAUCUGGAAAUCAGGG